AUGGAGAGGAGUCUCAUCAAGUUUGAUACUAAAAAAUAUCUCUGUAUUGCGUUUGCAUGUUGUGUUGGAAUGAAGUGUGUUCUUUCUUUUCCAAGAAAAAAGACUAAAAAUAUGACUACUUUCAAUGUUGAUUCGUUGUGUUAUCUUCAAACAGAUUACAUCACUCAAUCAAAUAACUCGUUUCGUGAUGAAAAAACAAUGAGAGGAAGAACAAAAAGAAGAAGAGUUGAAAAAGAGGCUUUAAAAAGCUCUAAAGACAAAAUUGAUAGUAUUCUUGUUGAAAAAAAAAUUAAAAAAGAUUCAAACACAUUUCUCUCAUUCUUUAAUAAAACCCAACGUCAAGAUUUAUGUAUUAAGUUAAUCAAUUUACUAGAAAAGAAAAAAGAAAAUCAAAGCAAUGAAAAUCAAAUUACUCUCAAUCCAGGUGAAGAUGAUGUCAAACAAUUGGUAAAAGAUGUUAUUGAAUCUAUUAACCCAAUUUCUUCCUCUUCUUUUUUUAAUAAAGAAUUGCUCUUGAAAUUCUUACAAUGA